AUGAAUACAGUUGCUGAUGGGCUCGUUAAGUUCAGGGACGGAAAAAAGUGGAAGUUAAGAUGGUGUGCGGUGAGGAUGCCUUCUCCAGUUGCUGAUCGGCUGCAAGUCUAUUUAUACAAAGAUUGCAAAGAUGCUCUGAAAGCAGGAAAUGCUAAAAGCACUUUUCCUCUGGAAGGAUUUUAUGGCAUUGAAUCUGGAUUCUCUUAUGAAAAAGAAUGCAAUGUCAUGGCUAUCAUCUGUCAAAAACAGGUGAUCAUGAUGGCAUUUGAAUCCAGAGAACUUAUGAUCCAUUUUGAAUUACGAAUCAGACGAAGCUUGGGGGAAGAACAUCAGUAUCCUGUGCGAAUCUUAAAGGUGCCAUCUGGUAGCAAACUUCCUUUGGAAAAUGUUCGCAUGCAUAUUCAUGGUGCCAAAUUCUGUUUCACUGCAUAUAUUCCUCCGAAGAUGUUACAAUCCUGGCAGAUAUCAGAUUUACGCAGAUUUGGCCUCGUUGAAAGCAAAUUUGCAUUUGAAGGUGGUUCUCGAUGUGGAAAAGGUGCUGGAGUUCAUGUUAUUGCUACAGAUCAAGGUGAUGAAGUGGCUGAAAUUUUCCAAGCUGCCAGUGAGGGAAAGUCAUCAGGUAGUAAUCGAAAGUGCCCAAUAACCAAAAGAAGAUCACAGAUAAAUGAUUUUUCUGAAAGUACUUUCAAACCAAGUUAUUUCAAAGAAUCCUCAAAUCCAACUUGUCCUGCUGAGUUGGAUUUAUGGUCAAAUGACUAUGAAUGGCAAAAACGACACUCAAUUAGUGCUACUGAUUAUGGUUGUGCUCAAGGAUAUGAUUCCUUUUCUCCUUCUGGAUCAUCAGCAGUAACAUCUAACGGAAAUGUUAACAGCGCUAGUGAAGAAGAAUCGGCUUCUCCAUCUUACACAGCAAACAGUGUUAUUGAUUGUGAAAUUGACCGUGCUGCAAACCAAACACGUAGACGAGAUGCACACGAUAAACUUCACAGAGAAGAAGAAAAAUUACAAAGAGAAAUUUCCUUGUUAGAUGAAAUGCUUCAGGUGUGUCAAUUAGAAGAGACAAAGCCAGGCACUGGAGAGAGCAAAUCAAAAUUUAUCGUCAGUAUGCAUACCAAAUCGCCAUCACCAAGCCAAAAAUUUUCUGCUACUGAAAUGUGGGUUGAUACAAAACCACAACAAAUGGUUCAAUAUUGCAAUAAUAUUUGUUCCCUUAAUAACAACAUCACAGCCAAACGAAGUAGUGCUGGUUUCUGGGAGAGUGGAAUGCCUAAUACAAGUCUUUUACCCAAACGGAAUAAGAUUCCUCAAAGCUCCAAUGCUCCAUUGCCUUAUUCUUGCAAAUCUAAACAUCACGAAGAUGAGGAAAUGGGUUCACCUGUUGAUUUUCCAAUUGGAGAAUUAAAAGAAAAAUUUUCUCUUCCUUUGAAUAAGCCAAUAUCCCCUGAUGAACAGGCUGCAGCAAUUGCUCGUCAUGUGGCUGACUUGCCUCCUUUUAUCCCACCAAAGACAAAAACGUAUCCUUGCAGUCUCUCGCCCGUGUUUGAAUCAAACAGUUUCCUUUUGACAGAUGCUGGUCCAGUUGAACAGAAAUGUGAGAAAGAAUUAAAUCUCAACCAAAUUGAACUUCUUCAACCUCCUUUCCAAUUGAAAGAUUUAUCUGAUUACGUACAACAGAAACAGCAAGUGCAAUCAUCUCUUCGGAUUGCCCCAGCAUCAGAUGACACUCAGGAUAUAGUGUGGAUACCUCGAGAUGCAGAUUCUGCUGGAGAGAGGCAACUAUCUGAAUCCGAUAAUGAAAAUGUAAUGUUGUCUAACUGGAAACAGAUCAAAGCUGAUGAAUGUUCCUAUUCGCCAGAGACAUCUCCAGUCGAAUGUACAACAGAGACUAUAACUAAUUAUGCUACAAUUGACAUGGUGGCUACGGUGGCUGCUCAAAAAGCUGGACGUGAACAUGCACAGUCAAGAGGAGAUUGUUUCCAAAAUGCUGCACGAAAGUGCUCUUCUCCAAAUUUGCCCAAAGAACAAAAGGGAAACAUUGGUCAAUUUAAGGAAAAAAGUUUAUGA